ACGCCAGAUUUCCUUUCUGAUGUAGGAGCCUAGCGUGUGGAAGGAUCUCCAUAUUUCUGUUGCUGUUUGGCUCCACGUGGCUGCAAUUUAAGGAGGUACAGUUCAUUAUAUCAUUUCAUCAUGGGAUUUGUGAAAGUAGUGAAGAAUAAGCAGUACUUUAAACGUUAUCAAGUGAAGUUUAAAAGGCGUCGCGAGGGAAAGACUGAUUACCGCGCUAGGCUUCGCCUUACAACUCAGGUGAAGAACAAGUACAACACGCCGAAAUAUCGCCUGAUCGUUCGUUUUUCCAACAGAGAUAUUACCUGUCAAGUGGCAUAUUCAAGAAUCGAAGGUGAUAUGAUUCUUUGUUCUGCAUACAGCCACGAAUUGCCAGAGUAUGGAGUUAAAGUUGGGCUGACCAACUAUGCAGCUGCUUACUGCACCGGCCUACUUCUAGCUAGAAGAUUGCUAAAGAAACUUGGUUUGGAUCAACUUUAUGUCGGAUGCACAGAAGUUACCGGAGAGGAAUACAACGUUGAAGCGGUGGAAGAUGGGCCGGGCGCAUUUCGAUGUUACUUAGAUGUGGGGUUAAUCCGCACAACUACUGGAGCUCGUGUGUUUGGUGCUAUGAAGGGAGCUGUGGACGGUGGUUUGAAUAUACCUCACAGCACCAAAAGAUUCCCAGGUUACAACCCCGAGGAUAAGGAAUUUGAUGCUGAGAUUCAUCGAAAACACAUCUUUGGCCUGCAUGUGGCUGAUUACAUGCGACAGCUGGCGGAAGAAGAUGAUGAGGCGUACAAGAGACAAUUUUCCCAAUAUAUCAAACUGGGCAUUGAUCCAGAUAGUAUUGAGGGAAUAUAUAAAACGGCGCAUGCAAAUAUCCGUGCUAAUCCAGAUCGAAAGAAGAAAGAAAAAGAUGCUGCAGCUAUUACCAAGAAGAGGUGGGGCCGUGCCAAGCUGUCCCUUGCUGAGAGGAAGAACAGGAUCGCCCAGAAGAAGGAGUCGUUCAAGAAGAAGCUGGAGGCGGGUGAAGUUGCAGAAUAAGUUUUUUGUAUUGUAAAAUUUGAGAUCAGGCAAGGAAAUAAAUUGUAAAACCGUA